AUGGAUGAAACUGAAGUGUUAGCUUUAAUCAAUGACUAUUUCAAGCGAAGAAAAUUGGACAAACUAUCGAAAUUAUUGUUGAAGGAAACAAAUCUCAAGAGUUCAAAAAUCACAACUCCUGAAAUCGAGCUUGAGAAAGCUCUUGCAAAAUGGAAAAGUGAGAGCUUGAGUAAAAAAUUUUUUAGUUGUGAUGCCAAAUUAUCAAAUAAUGAACCAAAAAGUGAAUCUAAUAGUGAAUCUGACAAUGAACCUAAGAAAACUUCCUUAGAAAACUCUGCUAAAGAUUCUGAAAUGAGUUCUGUCAAAAAAACAGAUUCUGACAAUGAAUCUGACAAUGAAUCUGACAGUGAAUCUGAUAGUGAAUCUGAUAGUGAAUCUGAUAGUGGUUCUGAUAGUGAAUCUGAUAGUGGUUCUGAUAGUGAAUCUGACAAUGAACCUAAGAAAACUUCCUUUGAAAACUCUGCUAAAGAUUCUGAAAUGAGUUCUGUCAAAAAAACAGAUUCUGACAAUGAAUCUGACAGUGAAUCUGAUAGUGAAUCUGAUAGUGAAUCUGAUAGUGGUUCUGAUAGUGAAUCUGAUAGUGGUUCUGAUAAUUCUGACAAUGAAUCUGACAGUGAAUCUGAUAGUGAAUCUGAUAGUGAAUCUGAUAGUGGUUCUGAUAGUGAAUCUGAUAGUGGUUCUGAUAGUGAAUCUGACAAUGAACCUAAGAAAACUUCCUUUGAAAACUCUGCUAAAGAUUCUGAAAUGAGUUCUGUCAAAAAAACAGAUUCUGACAGUGAAUCUGACAGUAAUUCUGACAGUAAUUCUAGUAGCGACUCUAGUAGUGAUUCUAGCAGUGAUUCAGAUUCAAAUAGUGAUUCAGGUUCGGAUAGUGAUUCAGAUUCAGGCAGUGAUUCUGAUAGUGAUUCUGAUAAUGAAUCUGAUAAUGAUUCUGACAGUGAUUCAGAUAAAGAUAAAAAGAAAAAAGAUUCUGAAAAUGAGAAAAUUAAAACUAAACAAGAUGAAACCAUAAGUAAAAAGAGGCAUUCAUCGGAUUUGUUAAAUUCAGAAAGAGUUAAAAAAAUCAAAAAGGAAAAGGAAGAGAACUUUUCUAAUAGUUCUAAUGAUAGUAAAGAAAUUUCAUCAUCGGAUAAUAAUGUCGAUUAUGAAACACCUCUCAAAAAGGGCCAAAGAAAACAUUUUUCAAGGAUAGAUUCUGCAAAAAUAGUGUUUGAAAACAAUGUUUUGACUGAUAAUACGUAUAAGGGUAAAGCAGGAACUUGGGGUGAGUUAGCUAAUGAUAAAUUAAGUCGAGUAAGAGGAAAAGAAUUUAACAAAAACAAAAACAAAAUGAAAAGAGGCUCAUAUAGAGGUGGUACUAUAACUUUGAGCAGUGGAAGUUACAAGUUUAAAGAUUAA